AUGCCUUCUAAGCCGGGAUUUCGCAGCCGGUUAAAGGGCAUUUUCUCCCGAAGCGACAAUGCAUCUACAAGCACCAAGGCACAGAUAACGCAACUUGAUGGCCUCCAUGAGCCAGCAAAUUCAUCUACUUUACCCACUGCCUCUUCUGUACCUAUCGGCACAUAUAAUGCGCUCGCAAGCUUGGCUGAGCAGCUUUGGGAUCGAGCAUAUGAUGAUUUGAAGGCACAAGACGCUGCACUGAUACAAGCUUAUGAAAAGAUCCUAUCUAGUAAGCUUGAAGCAACCGGGUCAGGCCAGAACAUAAUUGCACAGAAUGAUGCCCACACGAGGCGGAAUCAGAUGCGGCAGCUUAUCCACCAUGGCUUAAACAAGACGGCGAAGGAAGCAAAGUUGAAAGAGGCUAUUGGCAUCGCUCUUUCGACAAAGGAUAUCAUCACCAAUGCUGUUCAGGCUGUCCCACAAGCCGCCCUUGCUUGGACCGGUGUAUGCGUGGCGCUUGAGAUGAUGCAAAAUCCCAUAGCGGCAACAAAGGCCAACCGUGAGGGCAUCGAAUAUGUGGUCAGGAGAAUGAACAUGUAUUGGGAAUUAUCCGGUGUUGUCUUAAAGAACACUACCAAGGAUGGCCUUUCCGGCAUUCGAGGUGAGCUGGAGGCCCAAAUAAUUAACCUCUACAAAGUACUCCUCACAUAUGAGAUAAAAAGCGUCUGCUCAUACUACCGCAACCGUGGUUCUGUACUGCUACGCGAUAUGAUCAGUCUCGAUGAUUGGAUUGGCGAUAUACAAUCUAUCAAAGCCGCGGAGCGUGUCUUUCACGACGAUUUCGAAAUAUUUACGAGGCUAGAAACAGUCUCCGAUAUCAAACAGCUAGUUACUCAUGCGAAGAAACAAUCUACUGCCCAAGUAACAAAGGAGGAUCAGCAAUGCCUGAGGGAUUUGCGCCUAAGCGAUCCUUCCGAUGACAAAAAGCGCAUCGAACAGACCAAGGGCGGCCUAUUACAGGAAUCAUAUACCUGGGUUCUCAGCAAUCUGGAAUACCAGCAAUGGCGGGAUUCAGAAGAUAGCCGACUGCUUUGGAUCAAAGGAGAUCCCGGCAAGGGCAAAACCAUGUUACUUUGUGGCAUUAUCAACGAACUCAGCAAUCAGGCAAACCACAUGCAAUCAGGCCACGGUGUAUGCUACUUUUUCUGCCAGGCUACCGACCAACAACUAAACAACGCUUCUGCUGCUUUACGUGGCCUAAUCUUUAUGCUUGUGAAACAGCAGCCUUCACUUAUACCUCAUCUACGAAAGAAAUACGAUGAAGCUGGCAAGAAGCUCUUCGAGGGACUGAAUACUUGGAUAGCCCUGUCGGAUAUAUUUACGGCCAUUCUUCAGGACCCAACGUUGAAGAGCACAUACUUGAUCAUUGAUGCUAUCGAUGAAUGUGUAUCCGACUUUGAGAAAUUAUUAGACUUGAUCGUGCACGCCACUGGCAAUGCCGGCGUGAAAUGGAUUGUGUCCAGCCGAAACUGGCCCAUAAUAGAGGAGCGACUACGAUUUGCUGAACAAAAGGUUAAGCUGAGUUUGGAGCUCAAUGCAGAGGCUAUAUCCAGUGCCGUCACCUUCUACAUCGAGAAAAAGGUUCAACAGCUAUCAGACCUGAAAGGCUAUGAUGAAAAGACUUGUAGCGCAAUCCGAGAAUAUCUCUUCAACAACGCAAAUGAUACAUUUCUCUGGGUGGCUUUAGUCUGUCAGAAUCUCGCAAGGUACCCGCGAUGGAAAGUUCUCAAUAUGUUGAGCACGUUUCCGCCAGGCCUCGAUUCUCUAUACGAACGCAUGAUAGAACAGAUGACAGCCAUAGACGAUAGUAGCGCUAGUAGCGAAAUCAGUCUCUGCAAGCAAACUCUGGCCGUCAUCGUGAGCGUAUCUCGUCCUAUUACGCUGCAGGAACUCGGCUGUCUUAUCGAAAUCCCAGAAGAGCUUUCGGCUGACAUCGAAUUUCUAAGAGAGAUUGUGGCGCUCUGCGGAUCUUUUUUGACCAUCCGCGAAGACAUUAUUUACUUUGUUCAUCAGUCCGCCCAAGACCACCUAUACAAGAACUACGAUGUCAUAUUUCCUUUCAGUCUAAAGGACGUGCACCGGAACAUCCUUUCUCUUUCGCUACGGGCCAUGAACAAGAUUUUAAGAAACAACAUUUAUGACCUGAAAGAUCCUGCAUCCCUCAUAGAAAAUGGCAUUAGCAUAUCAGGUUCAGAUCCUCUGUCUCUUAUUCGAUAUUCCUGUGUACACUGGGUCACCCAUCUUACUGUAACGAUUGCCCUCGGAAUGAGAGACACACAUGGGGGGUUACUUGGCGAUCAUGGCAUCGUAUCGUCAUUCCUCCGGAAGCAUUUACUUCACUGGUUCGAGGCUCUAAGCCUCAUGCAACACGUGUCAGCUGGGGUCGUCUCGAUAACAUCGCUGAAGGCCAUAUAUGCAGUUAGUAUGCAAGCUGGCACCUACCUCGAAAUGAAGCUGAAAUCUCCAGUUCAAAUCGCCAAGUAG